AUGGCGAGCACGGCCCGGGGAUCCUGCCCGUGGUCACCGCUCCGGCGCUGGCUCCCGCUGGCGGCGCUGCUGGGGACGCUCGCGCCGCAGGUCCAGACCCUUAGGCCGGACAGCCUUCUGUUCGUGUCCACCCUGGAUGGAAGCCUCCACGCACUGAGCAGGCAGACAGGAGACUUGAAGUGGACACUGAAGGACGAUCCCAUCAUCCAAGGGCCAAAGUUUGUCACCGAAACGGCCUUUCUCUCAGACCCAGCAGAUGGCAGCCUGUACAUUUUGGGGACCCAGAAACCACAGGGAUUGAUGAAACUGCCGUUCACCAUCCCUGAGCUGGUUCACGCCUCCCCAUGCCGCAGCUCAGAUGGCGUCUUCUACACUGGCCGGAAGCAGGAUACCUGGUUUGUGGUGGACCCCGAGUCAGGGGAGACACAGAUGGCACUGACCACGGAGAGUCCCUCCGCCCCCCGCCUCUACAUUGGCCGAACACAAUACACGGUCACCAUGCAUGACCCCCGGACCCCCGCCCUGCGCUGGAACACCUCCUACCGUCGCUACUCAGCGCCCCCCAUGGAUGGCUCACCUGGGAAAUACACGAGCCACCUGGCGUCCUGUGGGACGGGCCUGCUGCUCACUGUGGACCCGGGAAACGGGGCGGUGCUGUGGACGCAGGACCUGGGCGUGCCUGUGAUGGGCAUUUACGCCUGGCACCAGGACAGCCUGCGCCAGCUCCCCCACCUCACGCUGGCUUGGGACACCCUGCACUUCCUCGCCCUCCGCUGGGGCCACAUCCGACUGCCUGCCUCCGGCCCCCGCGGCACAGCCACCCACUUCUCCAUCUUGGACAUCCAACUGCUGAUGACGCUGUAUGUCGGGAAGGAUGAAGCUGGCUUCUAUGUUUCCAAAGCACUGGUUCACACGGGGGUGGCUCUAGUGCCUCGUGGACUGACCCUGGCCUCCACAAACGGCCCCACCACAGAUGAGGUGACACUCCAAGUCUCAGGAGAGCGAGAGGGCUCACCUAGCACAGCUGUCAGAUACCCCUCAGGCAGUGUGGCCCUCCCUGGCCAGUGGCUGCUCAUUGGACAUCAUGAGCUGCCCCCAGUCCUGCACACCACCAUGCUGAGGGCCCAUCCCACCCCAGGGGGUGAGACUGCUGAGACCAGACCCUCAGGGAGCAUGCGGGCCCCAACCCUCUUCCUGGAGCUCCUGAGCAAGGGUGGGGAGGAACCUUGGGACCUGGAGCUGCAAGAGAAAACCCCAGACUUGUAUCCAGGGCUGGGCUUCCAAGACCUGCUGGCAGCCAGCCUUACUGCUGUCCUCCUGGGAGGGUGGAUUCUCUUCUUGAUGAGGCAGCAGCAGCAGCAGGAGGAGGAAAAGCAGCAGCCGGCCUCCCCGGGACCUGCAGGCCCUCCUCCCAUCUCACAGGAUGCUCUGUCCCAGCCCUCGGGGGCCACCCCACAAGAUGAGAAGACGCUGCAAAACUCCUCAGAGCAAGCCCAGUCCCUUGAAGACCCUGAAGCUGAGCAGCUUACCGUGGUGGGGAAGAUUUCCUUCAACCCUAAGGACGUGUUGGGCCGCGGGGCAAGUGGGACUUUCGUUUUCCGGGGUCAGUUUGAGGGACGGGCAGUGGCUGUCAAGAGGCUCCUCCGUGAAUGCUUCAGCCUGGUCCGGCGGGAGGUUGAGCUGCUCCAAGAGUCGGACAGGCACCCCAACGUGCUGCGCUACUUCUGCACAGAGCGGGGACCCCAGUUCCACUACAUCGCCCUGGAGCUCUGCCAGGCCUCUUUGCAGGAGUACGUGGAAAGCCCAGAGCUGGACCGCUGGGGCCUGGAGCCCAAGACGGCACUGCAGCAGUUCAUGUCGGGCCUGGCCCACCUGCACUCCUUACACAUAGUGCAUCGGGACUUGAAGCCGGCCAAUGUCCUCAUCUCAGGGCCUGACAGCCAGGGCCGAGGCAGGGUGGUCCUCUCUGACUUCGGCCUCUGUAAGAAGCUGCCGGCCGGCCGCUGCAGCUUCAGCCUGCGUUCAGGCGUCCCAGGCACAGAGGGCUGGAUGGCGCCCGAGCUCCUGCAGCUGCUGCCCCCAGAGAGCCCUACCAGUGCCGUGGACAUCUUCUCUGCAGGCUGCGUGUUCUACUAUGUGCUUUCUGGUGGCAGCCACCCCUUCGGAGAGAGCCUUUACCGUCAGGCGAACAUCCUUGCAGGGGCGGCCCAUCUGGCUCACCUGGAGGAGGAGGCCCAUGACCAGGUGGUGGCCCGGAGCCUGGUGGAGGCCAUGCUGCGCCCGCUGCCCCCUGCGCGCCCCUCUGCUCAGCACGUGCUGGCCCACCCCUUCUUCUGGAGCAGGGCCAAGCAGCUCCAGUUCUUCCAGGACAUCAGUGACUGGCUGGAGAAGGAGCCUGAGCAGGGGCCCCUGGUGACGGCGCUGGAGGCGGGGGGCUCCGCGGUGGUCCGGGGCAACUGGCGCGAGCACAUCUCGGUGCCGCUGCAGACAGAUCUGAGGAGGUUCCGGUCCUAUAAGGGUACGUCGGUGCGAGACCUGCUCCGCGCCAUGAGGAACAAGAAGCACCACUACAGAGAGCUGCCGCCUGAGGUCCAGCAGGCGCUGGGCCACGUCCCUGACAGCUUCGUCCAGUACUUCACCGACCGCUUCCCGCGGCUGCUCCUUCACACGCACCAAGCCAUGAGGAGCUGUGCCUCCCAGAGCCUCUUCCUGCCCUACUAUCCACCAGCCUCAGGGGCCAGGCAGCCGUGCCCAGGGGCUGCUGGGAGCUGAGGCCGGCCUCAGCACCGGAAAGGACCCCCA